UCCACAGAGGCGUCUCACCUCAUUCCGGAGAGACGCCGCCGCUCGGCUGGCUCGGCUGCUUCCUCUGAGUUUCCAGUGAAGAAUAUCGGAGUGCUUUAUUUUUUUUUUCUGGGUUGUUGUUGACGAGGCAUCAUCCUGAGAGAAGACUUUCGCUCCAGCUUCAGUUGUUUCUCUGCUUGAAGACCUCUCAGUCUUAAAGAUGAGCAGUUUAAUGGCGUGUAAGGAGCCUUUUGACAGAGUCAUUUCUGGGCCUGUUGAGGACACGGACACCACCAGCUUCGUGGCAAAGUUUUCCUUGGAGGCCAAUUAUCCUGUCCAAGUCACAGACCCUCACGAUGCUGUGACACUACAUCUUAGCUCCAUGGCCUCUGGGUACCUGCACCCCUCCUCUCAGGACAAGAUCAGACAGCCAGUUGAAGAUAUGGAGGACUGCAGUUGCCCAACAUCUACUUCACCAGACUGUCCCAAACAGCUGCAGAUUCUCGGCAGCCCUUGUGAAAAAUGCUGCUGCCCGGCGCCCCCGCCCAAGAUCAGCGACCUCAUGAACGACAAAGACCUGCUGGACGUGCUGCGGCUGAAGCUGGACCCAAACCACUGCACCAUCAAAAACUGGAAGAACUUUGCGAGCCGCUGGGGAAUGAGCUAUGACGAACUCACCCUGCUGGAGCAUCGGACCCAGGGCUCCCUGUCUCACAGCCCCACCCAGGAGUUCCUGCUGCGCUACAACCAGAAGACGGUCACCGAGCUCACCGAACUGUGCCGCAUCUAUCAGCGCAUUGACGUGCUGCGGCUGCUGCAAAGCUGGAUAGAAAAGGACUGGCCGUCACGUUGGCAGCAGACUCACUAAUAAGUUGAAGAAUGUAUAUUUAUCUGUUUGUUUCUUCUCCCAGGGUGUACAUGUUUCUCCCCUUUUAUAUCUUUUUGCCUCCAAGCUACAAGUGUUUUUUUUUUUUUAGGCAAAUUCUUAGAAAACGAACGUUUGAAAAGAUAAUGAACUGAAAAGGGAAGAAGCGUGUCAACAUUCUGACCAGCAACACUGACAGAUGUAUAAGUAACAGAAUGAUUCAUAUCCUUCGGCUCGCCGCCUGUGGUGUCGCUGCUCUUCCCAUGUAAAGUCAGAACAAACACUCAUCAAAAGAGUUGCUGUGUAGUCGAAGAGAAAUGAAGACAACAGUAAGUGAGAUUUGUAUCUGUAACCAAAACACAGCCGACUCAGUGAAACUCAGAACUAUUGCUCGUGUCCCAAAGGGAAACUAAAUGUUGCCGCAACUGAUAUCAUCCACGUAUCUUCAAAGAGCUGCAGCGAGUGGCGAUGCUGCAAUGCUGCGGGCAGAAAGGUCCGCUCGCUAGCCAUCAGUGAAACAAGAAGCACAAAACAGUUUUUCACAGAUUUAACACCCAUGUUUGGUUGUUGUAGUGGUUCGCAUCGUCGCCUCACAGCAACAUGUUCUAUAAUAAAAGCCUCAGCUGUGCAGCCUGUUCUCUCUUUGUGAAUGUAUGGAUUUUCCCCUGAAAUAAUACUUUUUCCACAAAUGGUUGACGUUAAAUUCCUGUUAGGAUUGUAAACUGUCGGCUGUCUGACACACUGACCAGGAAAUACCUGAUACUUUCUUUCCUGUUGCUUGCUUUGAUAAAAACCUCUCCUCCUAUUGUAAAACUAGAUUGAAUAUAACUGCACAAAAAUCACAGCUCCAUACUUAUUAGAAUUUUAAAAUCAGUUCAGUACUUUUCGGUAGCUUGAAUCAAGACAAAUUUCUGAAAUAAAUUACAUUUUAUUAUGUUCCAAACAUUAAAAAAGCGAAACGUUAAGAACUGACUGGAGAUUUGGUUGGAUUUUUUUUCAAUGAAUGAAGUACAUGCAGGCAUAGCCAAUGCUAUAUUGUUGGAGACAACAGUACAGCAUGGGCUUACCCUACCCUAAUAUAGUCACUUGAAAAUGGUCAGUGUUCAUAUUUAAUAUCUUUUAAAUGACAUUGUGCCCAUAUUUGAGAAUAAAACAUGUUUAAAUCA